AUUUCAAGAUAUGUAUGAGUGAUCAAAUGUGUAAUUGUGCUUUAUUUCCUUCCAACAUCUCUUUUACUGAAUGGGUGUGUGUUUAUGCUUAUACAGAACCACUUGGACAGCAUGCAGGCCAAAGUCCGCGAGCUGGAGGAGAAAUGUCGCUCUCAGAGUGAGCAGUUCAACCUCCUGUCAAAAGAGCUGGAGAAGUUCCGGCUCCAGGCCGGGACGUUUGAUAUCCUCAGCACUGAACCCUUAACUGUGUGCGGGUCUCCUCCUGGGUCGCCCACCAAAUCCCUCUCACAGCUCCUCAACGGACUGGCUGCCCCCAUAGGAAAGGGCAAUGAGGCUCCAACAAGCAGAUCUUUGAUAUCUGAGUUCAUUCGGCCGCUGCAGAUCAGUGGAGAGAAGCCGGAGCUCCUCUCUGUCAAGCCAACAUUCCUCACUCGAGGUCGAGUCAGCAGCCCAGCACGGGCCUUCCUCUCUGAGAUGGACAAAGAGCUCGGCUCAACUACCAGGUCCAAACCGACGUUCACAGGGAAGGUUCGUCUGUGUAUUGCUCGCUACAGUUACAAUCCUUAUGACGGGCCUAAUGAGCAUCCUGAGGCAGAGCUCCCCCUGGUGGCAGGGAAGUACCUCUACGUUUACGGGACAAUGGAUGAGGAUGGCUUUUACGAAGGAGAGCUGCUGGACGGACAGCGGGGACUCGUCCCAUCCAACUUUGUGGAGUCUGUCGCAGAUGAGGAUUCAGCCUUUGUCAAACACAGGGACACAGUGGCUAAAGAACCUGGCUACCUCAACCACAGUAGCCUGGGGGCUCAGAGACUAAAAGUCGGCACAGGAGCGGGAACGAGCAUAAGCCGACUGCUGUCUGACAGACUAGACUGUUUAAGCACCAGCAGCUUGGGCAUGGACCACCUGGGCUCCUCUAGCAAUGGGACAGGAACCUUGGAUGUCAACAUUGACGAGGUCGGUGAAGACAUUGUGCCUUAUCCCCGCCGCAUCAACCUGAUUAAACAACUGGCCAAGAGUUUGAUUCUUAGUUGGGAUCCUCCUGUGGUCCCGCCGGGCUGGGGCUCCAUCAGUGGCUACAAUGUCUUGGUGGAUAAGGAGUUGCGCAUGAGUGUCCCCUACGGGGGCAGGACAAAGUCUCUUCUUGAAAAGCUCAAUCUGGAAACCAACACAUACCGUAUCUCGGUGCAGGCCAUCACUGAGCGGGGCCCGUCGGACGAGCUGCGCUGCACUCUGCUCGUGGGAAAGGACGUGGUGGUGGCACCUUACUACCUGCGGGUGGACAACAUCACGCAGGUCUCUGCUGAGCUCUCUUGGAUGCCAAGCAGCAGCAACUACAGCCACACCAUCUUCCUCAAUGGUGCAGAGUACGACAUGGUCAAGGCGGGGGGCUAUAAGUACAAGUUCUUCAACCUGAAGUCCAUGACAGUUUACAAGGUGAAGGUUGUGGCGCAGCCGCAUCAGGUGCCUUGGCAGCUUACCCUAGAUCAAAGGGACAAGAAGGAGAUCUCUGUGGAGUUCUGCACUCAGCCUGCAGGGCCCCCUCUUGCUCCCCAGGAGGUGCAGGUUCAGUGUGGUCAGACGCCUGGGAUCCUGCAGGUCAGAUGGAAGCCGCCACCUCUGACGUCUUCAGGAACCUCCAACGGGGCCAGUGUGCUCGGCUAUGCUGUAUGCACAAAGGGACAAAAGAUAGCAGAAGUCCUAUACCCCACAGCUGACUAUGUGACUGUGGAGUUGAACAGGAUUCAGGGUCUGGAGGCCAGGGAAAUCAUUGUAAGGACGUUAUCCACACAGGGAGAGUCACAGGACUCGCCCGUGGCCGUCAUCCCAAACAAUCUCUUGGGCUCACCACGCCUCUCCCACCGGACCACUGCGCCGUCCCAUCCUAUGUCCCACCCACAGUCCCAUCCUCCUUACCCAUCAACAUACCCCCCAAAUCAUCCUCAGCCCCAGGUGCAUCCUUUGCCUCGAGCCCAGCCCCACACUCUGCCCCACACACAGCCGCACACGCAGCCCGUCUGCCAACCCCCUCCUCAUUUCCCGCACCACCCCAUGCCCAAGUCCAAACCGUUAGUAAGUGCCAGAGAGCAAGAAACCAAAGAGCAUGAGGUGGGAAUGCGGACAGCCCCGCCCUGGGAGCGAGCCCCCUCUCCGCUGCCCCCCAUGCGGGGACCCAACCUGCAGCCGCCUCACUUCCAGCCACGGCGAUCGCCCUCUCCUCAGAGGAUCCUGCCACAGCCUCAGGGAGCCCCCAUCCCCAACACCAUCGCCAAGGCCAUGGCACGGGAAGCUGCCCAGAGAGUGUUUGCCGAGGGCAACCGGGUUGAGAAAAGGAAUAUCUUUAGUGAGCGAGGCAACGCUUUGCAUCCAGUCAACUCUGAUGAGGAGGAGGAUGGCUACGACUCUCCUCAUGCGAGGAGAAGAGGAGCAUCCGUGGAUGAAUUCCUCAGAGGAUCAGAGUUGGGGAGACAGCCCCACCAUCAACACUACAGCCACAGCGAGGAGUACCACACGGAGAGCAGCCGGGGCUCUGACCUGUCCGACAUCAUGGAGGAGGACGAGGAGGACCUUUACUCUGAGAUGCAACUGGAGGAGGGCCGUAGGCGGAGUAUAAACUCUCACAACACUCUUAAGGCGUAUUACAAGCGCCAGGACUUAGCCGAGGAGAGGGACUGCUGGGACCUCCAGAGGGAGGUGGUGAAGCAGAAGUCGCUCCGCAGCAAGCGCCUCCACAGCAUCCCCGAGGUGGCGGAGGAAGAGUCCGACUGCGUGGACAGCAUGGGCCAGCGCCGUUACGAAGAGGGCAGGCGGCCAGGGACGCCACAUACUCAGCGCAGGAUGUACCCCCAGGACCCCCACAUGAACAACCAUCAGAACAAGAACUCCCGCCACCUGCAGCGGCAGCGCUCCUCGCCUCGCUUCACCGACGGUCGCUACGGCUACAGCGCAGACGACCGCGGCUUGGUACGACCCAACCGCCAGAACACCAAGAGUCCUGACAGCGGUUUGGACUGCGGCAGUGAGGAAGAAGGCUCUCUGGGCCGAGGGUAUCGAGGGUACUACACUCAUGGGAGCCCAAUGCGGGGGCCCAUACAGAUCAUACACUGCGAAGGCCCGGUAGAAAGGCGUGCGCUGGCCAUGGGUCGCAAAAGAACUCUGACUCGCCAGUGCAGCGUAGAGGACGAGUUCGCUGACAUCCCAGCGACUACAGCCAAGUCGGUGCACAGGGGGGACUUUAGGAGCAGGGAGCACUUUGGGCCCAGUCAGGAGGUUGGGCCCAGAAACUACUCCAGGGAGGGGGCCCUGAGCGAGGGCAGGCUGGACGAGCUGGACAGGGUUUAUUACAGCCCCCACAGGGAGGCUAGGGCCCAUUCUUUGUCCAGGCUCAACAGGGACCAGCCGCUGAUCAUUGGGAACUCUUCAUCACAUGGAAACUCUGAUCGCCUGGACCACUCAGGAAGGAGGGCGGUUCACAUCGGCAACCCCCCUCAACAGCGGCAAAUCCCAUCCAUUGACGGCUAUGGCGGGCGGCGAACCGGGCGGGGACGGCGCUCCCCGGAAUACUACGAGGAGUCGGAGCCGGACGAGAUGACGCGUGUGUUCGUGGCUCUGUUCGACUACGACCCCAUGUCCAUGUCUCCCAACCCUGACGCUGCUGACGAGGAGCUUCCAUUCAAGGAGGGCCAGAUCAUCAAGGUCUUUGGGAACAAAGACACGGAUGGUUUCUACAGGGCGGAGGUCCGGGACCGAGUUGGUCUGAUCCCUUGUAACAUGGUCUCUGAGAUCCAAACAGAGGAUUAUGAUAUGAUAGACCAGCUCCUUAAACAGGGCUUCCUGCCACUCAACACUCCUGUGGAGAAGUUAGUGAACUGUGACCGUUUCAAAGAUGGCCGCUCAAUAAAUCGCAGGUCCAGAAAGUCCAAGCGAGAGAGGAACAGGCGGAGUGGCCGGCAGCAUCCGAUGUCCACACGAAGAAUGGUGGCUCUGUACGACUACGACCCCCGGGAGAGCUCUCCUAACGUUGAUGUAGAGGUACUGCCCUCCUGUGGCUCCAGAUAUUCACUUUGUCUGAAUCAUUCUCUGUCACCACCAUCAUGUAAACUGAUGCAUAAAGCAGUCGAAGCACAAAGAUGAGGAUGUUCAAUGUUUUGUUUAAUGAUUUCACUACUUAAAGUCAUUUUGGGAGAUAAGCAUAUUCACUGUGUCGCCAAGCUAGAUCAGAUUGAUGCUAGUCUUGUGUCUGUCAGGUAAAUAUGAAGCUAUAGCCAGAGAAUGGUUGGCUUAGCUUAGCACUAAGGAAAUAAGC